AUGGAAUCUCCUGCCACUGCUCAAGAAACUCUUCUUUUACAUGGCUUCAAGACCGGCAAUGAGGGUUUUGGCAUGAACGUGCUUAUCUCUGAUCCCUCAGCUAAGGCUCAACGAACUGACGCCAGUACUUCCACCAUCUUCAUUGGUGGACUAAAUCCUAAAACUACCGAGGAAGAUGUGCGAGGCCUUUUGCAAGGACGCGGUACAAUUCGACAUUUGAAGCUUGGUUGGGAUCCAGUUAAGCAGAUUUGCAAGGGAUUUGCUUUUGUGGAGAUGGCUUCAGAGACCGAAGCAAAAGCAUGCCUACCUCUGGAUAGUUCCCUAUUCCAAAAGCGCAAUCUCAAGGUUCAAAUAAGUGAUCCGAAUCACGCUAACAAGAAAACUCAGGAUAGAUUGGUCAGACUGUUCAAUUUACCUGAAAACUGCCAAGAGGGUUUACUUCAACAGGAGUUGGAGAAAAUCGUCCCGGUAAAAAGAUUAGAAGUGUUCGCCAGAGUUCACGAGGCCGUAGCCGAACUCUUGUCUGCGCAGGAUGCUGGCAAACUAUUACUUCGGAAUGAACCUUUCGAAUACGAUGGACAACUUAUCCACUUCUCUACCCAAGACGGACGACCUCCGGCUGCUUCCGGCCCGAAAGCAGACGAGAUAACUACCACAUCGUUUGCCCCACGUGCCGCUCGGAAAGGUAAAGUUCUCGCCAAACCCCGACCAACAGCCGUUGCUGCAGCAGUAUCGACAGCUGCGGCAAUGAAAGAUGGCUCUGCCCUUGUCGCGCGAGGACAAGACGACUUCAGGGCGCUUGUCGCUUCUACAAAUAAGCAGAGAGAAGACAAGUUACUCAGUGCGAAAGAUGGUGUUGCGGGGGAGAAAAGAAAGGCAGAACAUGAGGAAAAUGAUGAAGUGAAAAGGAGUCGUCCAUGA